AUGCUCUUCCUCUACCUGUUCUCCAAGAUGUUCGGCCGUCUCACCCACUACGCAUUUGAUGCGGUCCUCCUAUCCGCCUUUCUCGCCGGCGUCAAGCGCUCAACCGGCCUCACCCCCAGUGUCAACUCAGACAAAAUCUCAGACAACAAAGAAAUCAAGCGGUGGAUCGAUAACUACCUCGGUGUGGGCGAGUGGGUGAUGGAUCAGUCCGUUGCCGUCAUGGGAUCUUCUGGGUGGUUUGAGCGGAAGCGGUGA